GUUAAAACGCCACCGUUGCAGGCUUGUCCGGACCACGAGAGUAAGUAAUACCCUAUCGCUAUUCGCUAGUUCUCUUAGCAAGAAGCAAGAGAACGGUCUAGCAGCUCCAGAAUCAGGAUAUGGAGCUCUUACAUUGUUCAUCCUCUUCCAUUCCUUCUCGUCGAAUCCCUUCCAUCAAUUCAUCCAGUCGCAUUAUCCCUUUUUUCAAUCAAAAUUCCUCCAAUUUCUCUUUCGGAUUUUCCAAAAACUUGUCUUCAAUUCGCUUUAGCAACUGCAGAUUACUAGGCAUUACCAUCACCAGCUCUCGUUCCCGUUUCUUCAUCCGGGCUUGUGCACAAGCUGGAUCUGCUGGCUCUGAUUCGGCUGUUGACAAGGUUUCAGAGUUCAGAGAUGCAAUUUGGAGAUUCCUAAGACCACACACGAUACGUGGAACAGCUUUAGGUUCUUUUGCUUUAGUGGCGAGAGCGUUGAUUGAGAAUCCUAAUUUGAUAAGAUGGUCCUUAACACUGAAGGCGUUUUCUGGUCUUGUUGCUCUGAUAUGCGGGAAUGGCUAUAUAGUGGGCAUUAAUCAAAUCUACGAUAUUGGUAUUGAUAAGGUAAACAAACCUUACUUACCUAUAGCAGCUGGGGAUCUUUCAGUGGGUUCUGCUUGGAUGCUAGUGUUAAUUUUUGCGAUAACUGGACUUUCCAUUGUUGCAACAAACUUUGGUCCUUUCAUAACAUCCCUAUAUUGCCUAGGGUUGUUUCUUGGAACCAUCUACUCAGUUCCUCCUUUUAGAAUGAAGCGGUUUCCUGUUCUAGCAUUUCUCACUAUUGCAACGGUUCGGGGAUUUCUGCUAAAUUUUGGUGUAUAUUAUGCAACAAGAGCGGCUUUGGGACUUCCAUUUGAGUGGAGUUAUCCUGUGGUUUUCAUUACAACAUUCGUAACGUUGUUUGCGUUGGUCAUUGCCAUAACAAAAGAUCUCCCAGAUGUGGAAGGUGAUCGUAAGUUUCAGAUAUCAACCCUAGCAACAAAGCUUGGGGUAAAGAAUAUUUCACUGCUUGGUUCUGGACUUCUGCUACUUAACUAUAUUGGUUCUGUAGCUGCUGCUGUUUACUUUCCGGAGGCUUUCAGGCGCAGCUUGAUGAUACCUAUUCACACCAUAUUGGCUAUUUGUCUGGUUUUCCAGACACAGUUGCUCGACCAAGCGAAUUAUUCCAAGGAGGCUAUAACCAAUUUCUACAGAUUUAUUUGGAACCUAUUUUAUGCAGAGUAUAUCAUAUUUCCUUUCAUCUGAAGCUUGCAUAGGAAUUUGGAAAUCAAAGUAAAGUCUCCUCAUCGUGUUUCUAUAUGUAUGUACUUAUUGUAUCUUAUUGCUUAGUAUAUACCCUUGCCUAGAAGGCUGAAGCCUGGAACAAUGUAAGUACCAAAAACGUUUGACACUUCUACUUUGGUCAUUGAUUUCUUUCAAAAUUGGAUUAGCGCUGCCCCUGUUUGGUUGAACAUGUUCAUGGCACAGAUCAGCUCGAAUGCCAGUCCAGCUGACAACUUUGGAAAAACUAGUCAUACAUCGAUCAUGCUUAUCCAUGGGUUAUGCUCGUCAAGCUUCAUGAAUCAUGAUGUACGAGUGUGCGUUUCCUGUUGGCUUCUUUUGCAGUGCCAUGCCUUGAGUCGGCAGUUCGAUGUUCUGCUGGUCUAUUCUUCUUUUUGUGAACAUAUUUUGAAUGCAAGUCAAGUAUUGUUGUAGUGAAACAAAGCCAGUCUGUUUUCAGCUCUUCAUUUCCUGUUGAUUUAGUUAUAUACUUUUUAUAUCAAACAGAAAGUGUAUUGACCUUUAAUAAUCCUUCAAGCCUUACACCCAAUUCUCGGCCAUGUUCCUGUUGUUCA